GGGGAAGAUGUCUGAGCGGGGAGAAGCCCCGGCAGCGGCGGCCGCGGCGGGAGCAGGGGGUGAGAUGCCGGCGAAGAAGCAGAAGCUAAGCAGCGAUGAGAACAGCAACCCCGGGGACCUGUCCGGCGACGAGAACGAUGAUGCGGUUAGUAUUGAAAGCGGUACUAACACCGAACGCCCUGACACACCAACAAACACUCCUAAUGCACCGGGAAGAAAAAGCUGGGGAAAAGGAAAAUGGAAGUCAAAGAAGUGCAAAUAUUCCUUCAAAUGUGUAAAUAGCCUAAAGGAGGACCAUGGUCAGCCUUUGUUUGGAGUCCAGUUUAACUGGCACAGUAAAGAAGGUGAUCCUCUUGUUUUUGCCACUGUAGGCAGCAACAGAGUUACUUUAUAUGAAUGUCAUUCUCAAGGAGAAAUCCGUCUGUUGCAGUCAUAUGUGGAUGCUGACGCAGAUGAAAAUUUUUAUACAUGUGCGUGGACAUAUGAUAGCAAUACAAGCCAUCCUCUUCUGGCUGUGGCAGGGUCCAGGGGUAUUAUUAGGAUAAUUAAUCCUAUUACAAUGCAGUGCAUAAAGCACUACGUGGGCCAUGGAAAUGCAAUCAAUGAACUGAAAUUCCACCCAAGAGAUCCAAAUCUCCUUUUAUCUGUAAGCAAAGAUCAUGCAUUGAGACUGUGGAACAUCCAGACAGACACGCUGGUUGCAAUAUUUGGAGGAGUAGAAGGGCACAGGGAUGAGGUGUUAAGUGCAGAUUAUGAUCUUCUUGGUGAAAAAAUCAUGUCCUGUGGGAUGGAUCACUCUCUAAAACUGUGGAGAAUUAAUUCCAAGAGAAUGAUAAAUGCCAUCAAAGAGUCUUAUGAGUAUAACCCAAACAAAACCAACAGGCCUUUCAUUUCCCAGAAAAUACACUUUCCUGACUUUUCUACGAGAGACAUACAUAGAAACUAUGUUGACUGUGUACGAUGGUUGGGAGACCUAAUUCUUUCCAAGUCUUGUGAAAAUGCCAUUGUGUGCUGGAAACCUGGCAAAAUGGAAGAUGAUAUAGAUAAAAUCAAGCCCAGUGAGUCAAAUGUGACCAUACUUGGGAGAUUUGAUUACAGCCAGUGUGAUAUAUGGUACAUGAGGUUUUCAAUGGAUUUCUGGCAAAAGAUGCUUGCUCUGGGCAAUCAGGUCGGCAAACUUUAUGUUUGGGAUUUAGAGAUAGAGGAUCCUCAUAAAGCCAAUCAGUGCUUCAAUGAAAAUUGGGUGGAUGAAAAAUGGCAGUGGGUGCACAGGAAAUUACAGCUUUCCAGUCCACAUUUGGAAUACAAAAUACACCAUGAAGGGCAUAAUCCCGUUGCCCUUCAGUUCUUCCUAGGCCACAUAAGUGAGAGGUGUACGACUCUUACUCAUCCUAAAUGUGUUGCUGCCAUUCGACAAACCAGUUUUAGCAGGGAUAGUAGUAUCCUUAUAGCGGUGUGUGAUGAUGCCAGUAUCUGGCGCUGGGACAGACUACGAUAAAUUACUUUUUCUUAAUUAAAAGUAGAAAAUAUAUUUUCAAAUUAUAAUAUAGUCUGUUAACUCGCUAGUACGGUAGAUGCAUUUAGUGUAGACUUUCUCGAAGGUUCGGCAGGCUGGAGCUGAACUUAGUGAUGUUUACAUUCUGUGUAUUGUUCUGCUUGAAAUUGCUGCUUUUAAUAAAAAGAAGUAUUUUUGUAAAGUUU